AUGUCUAGUGCGUGGAAACAGACUCGCCGAAUGAAGAGGUUAGCUGUGGGUUCGAUGACAACUUCUGAGUAUCAUGAAUGGUGGGUUAGGAGGAUUAACGAUAAUAUUCCUAAGUUAAAUCAGGAAAAUAGCCAGUCAAUAGAGGAAUCUUUGCGAGUCGUCCCUUCUAAGUUGAAAAUCAUAAGACAAGAUUUUGAGACAAGAAAUGCAGAUUUAGAAAAGAAGAUAGAGCAAAUGGAGGAGGAAAAGACGAACUUCAGAUUGGACAUAGACGUUCAGAAGCUUGAAACUGAGAAAUUAAAGAAGGAGAAAAACAAGGCUGAGGAGGAGCCGGGUAGUCUGAAGACGAAUUAUAAAAAGUUGCGUCUGUCAAUGAGAACUGUCGGGCUGAGAAAAACUUCAGAAGAGUGGCGAGCAGAAAUUCUAGAAGAAAAUGACAAAGCCGAUAGAUGGGAACAGAAAUUCCAAGAGAUGCAGAGGCGAAAUGAGGCUUUAGAAAAGAGUUUGUCAAAAAGCUAA